GACCGAAUCUACUGCUGUUACACCUUUAUUAAUACGAAAAAACAACCGGAUGAUGUCGGUCUCCUUCAGACACGGCCCUUGUCUUGUCUGCUAACAGCGUAAACGGAUGAAAACGAAGGUAAAAUAAGGGGAAUCUGACCAAACAGGCCCUUUAAAAAUUCGCAUUACAACCUCAAAAAUGCGCACGUGUGUUGAAUCCUGAAGAGAGUGAAAGUCUUUUAGAUAAUCUCUGUUUGGUCUGUUUCUGUUAAACAUAACAUUGACAGUCUUUAGAUAAUCUCUCUUCAGAAACUACAGACAAAGAAUCGGUCAUCAAGAAACUUAUUAAAUUAAAGAAACAAAAAGGACAAAUUCCACCUAUCUUGAUUGUCUCCUCAGUUUGGGAUUAGGGUUUUAAAUUCUGGGUUGAAGACAGUUUGUUGUACAUUCUGGUUUUAUUUCAGGAUUUGAUGUGGAUUUGGCUUAGAUAAAUUGGAGGAAUUUAUAUUUACAAAAUGGAGGGAAGUCCAAACUUUACUCCAAUUGACACUUUAGAUAUAAAAGCUCUGAUUUUGCGGAAGAUAGGGCAUCAAAGAGGUCAGAGCUACUUUGAUCAGCUUAGCAGAUUUUUUAGUUUUAAGAUUAGCAAGUCUGAGUUUGACAAAUUUUGUAUUAGGACUAUUGGUAGGGAAAAUAUCACUCUUCAUAAUAAGUUUAUUAAAUCAAUUGUCAAGAAUGCGUGUGUAGCCAAAGUUCCGCCAGUCAAACAUAUCAAGAAAGUAGGAAGCAGCCUUAAUAUUAAAACAGUAAGUGGAAGCCAGAGAAGUAGUCUUCAGUCCCUUUAUGGGGAUGCAUUUCCCCCAUCUCCUCGGAAGGGUAGGUCUAUGGUUAAUCGUGAUAGAAAAUUUAGGGACCGUCCUAGUCCGUUGGGGCCUCUUGGAAAGCCCCAAAGUUUUGCUGCUGUUGAGGAAUCAGUUUCUAAGGCACAAGAGCAGCAAAGUGCAACUGAGUUACUUUCGCUGGGUAGUAGACCUCCUGUGGAAGUCCUAUCUGUUGAAGAUGGAGAAGAGGUUGAGCAGGCAGCUGGAAGCCCAAGUGUUCAAAGUAGAAGUCCAGUCACUGCUCCUCUUGGAAUUUCCAUGAAUUUUUGUGGAGCUCGUGAAUCUCUUUUCAAUAUAUCUAUACGUAAUGACUACCAUCCAGUGACAUGUCUGAACAGUGCUGAGCUACCUGAUACAAGAUCAUUAAGAAGUCGUUUGGAACAAAAGUUGGCGAGGGAGGGAAUUACUGUCUCGGUGGACUGUGCUAACCUAUUAAAUAAUGGGUUGGAUGUGUAUUUGAAGAGGUUGAUCAGGCCUUACAUUGCUUUGGCUAGGUCAAGGUAUCAAAAUGAACACCUGAAACAACAAAUUGGUCGCCUUAUACCCAGUUUCAAUGGUAUGAGGUACAUGCAAAGGCCUACAAGAUCCAAGUAUGCAUCUAUGUUGGACUUCCGAACUGCAAUGGGGUUGGAUCCCAAAGUACUUGGAGAAGCUUGGCCAGUCCAACUUGAGAGAAUUUGCUUCUAUGCUUCUGAAGAAUGAAUGAAACAUCUCCUGGAUACAGUUUAGAAAUUUAUAAGAUUAUUUCAAUAUAAAUUGAUGAUUACUUUUAUUAAAUCAAUUAUUUUACCUUUUCUGUAAAGUUUCUUCUCUAUCAACUAUGGAGUUCUUACAACCAUUAACCCAGUUAAAUAAGUCGCAAAAGCUGUCAGAUGUUUUGGAUCAGGUUGACAAAAUAUCAUUUGAAUGUCAGCAGUGAUGUCUGUUUAGAAGGGGGCCAUGUCUAUAUGAUACAUGUAUAGUUUUAGAUAGUAAUGAAAAACUCAGUGUUUAGGUGUUCAAAACUGUUCUUCAAUAACAAUCAAGUUGUGCUUGCCCCUUAUGAUGUAACAACAUUAGAAUGAAAGAAAGUAUUUUUAAGUUAUUAA